AUGUCAGUACAGGAUAUAAUGACGCCCUCACCAUAUUCUGCUCCUUCAACAACAUUAGAUUCUACAAAUGAUGCUACCUUGCCUUCCCCACUACAUCCUAGCAGGGCCAACUCAACCACAAGCGCUGGUAGUAGCAUUAAAUCAAGCACGACCCGCUUUGGUUCGAUAUUUAGUAUGCCAAGCUCUCGAUCCGCUUUCAAAAUGGCGCCAAUGAAUAACAACGGAGUUGUUGAACCGUUAGAUAUUCAAACGCAACGAAAUAAUCGUGAAGAAAGCAAAGAUUGCCGACUAUUGGAAACGAAUAAUGAAACAGAAGAGCAGCAAAGUAUUGGUAGUGAUAUCACUACUGAUACACCCGUUAAUGUUUGCCGAAGAGCGAGCCAAAUGGCCCAACAUCAUCAAGAUAGUCCUACAAUUCGACUAGGUCGAUCCAUUGGUGAUUUCAUCUCUAGCCCUGCUUCUUGGACUCGAAAACAUUUGAACCAUCACCACUCUAUCCAUCAUAAACAGAAUUCAGAAUCUGUUCCAGCCUCACCUUUUACCAAUGUACCUCGGCUUUCAGAAAAAUAUGGGCCGUACGUAAAACCCAGCAAAGAAGCUAGUUCGAAAGCAACUGGUGCGACGAAUCGGAAUAACAUUGGUAGUGGUGCAACAGCAGUGAUCCGCUUGGUCCAGUCAUCGUCAGCUUUUCAGAACAACGAAAUCUUUGCAGUGAAAGAGUUUAGAAAACGAGGGAAGACAGAGGAUGAAAAAGAGUACCUGAAGCGCAUGCAUAGUGAAUAUUGUAUCAGUAAAACAGUGAGUGAUCAUCCCAACGUAGUAACAACGAUCGACCUUGUAGUGGAUGAAAGAGAUCGAUGGUGUACAGUUAUGGAAUAUUGUGAUGGAGGUGAUCUAUUCAGUUUACUACAGUCUGAGAAACCUCUAAUGCCUAUCAUGGAAGCUGCUUGUUUAUUUAAACAACUUAUGCUUGGUUUACAACAUCUGCAUCAUUUGGGCAUUGCUCAUCGCGAUAUCAAACCAGAAAAUCUGCUGCUGACAAAAGGAGGCACAUUGAAAAUUGCAGAUUUUGGAGUAGCAGAUGUCGUUCAAACAUGCUUUGAAAAAAAAGCUCGUCUUUGUCAGAAAUGGUGUGGAUCCGAGCCUUUUUGGUCUCCAGAAAUGUGGAAGUUGAAAAGCCCUGAGUCUACUUACGAUGGGCAAGCUUUAGAUAUCUGGAGCGCAGCUAUUACCUACUUUUGUAUACGAUAUCGACAGAUGCCUUUUGCUGCAGCGUUUUAUACGGGCAAGCCCAAGUCGAAAAUUCCUGAAGGAAUGUCAGAAGGUUCACCGGCUGCUGUUGCUGCUACAGCAGCGGAUGGUGGUGACAAAGAGUAUGGAUUGUAUGUUGAGCAACGAAGUAAACUGGGUUCAACUAAUUGCGAUUUAUGGACAUUAUUUGAUAAGGACAAUAUUGCGGGUAAUGGAAGUGACAACAAUAGCAACAGUAAUCAGAAGCUGGCAAUGGACGAAAUAGAAUGUUUAGCAGGCAUGCUCGAUCCGAAUCCAACAACACGUUGGAAUGCAGAUCAAGUUUUGGAUUGUAAAUGGAUGAAGUCGGUGGAGCUUUGUAAGGAUGGUGAACUAGAAAAUGGUUGGAGACACUAUCAUACCUCUUACAAACCAAUUCCCUCAAGCAAUGCACCCUUGGCGAAGAAAAAAAUAUGA